UAAAAAGCCGCCCAUUGUCUUCAGCAGCCGCUGUUUGACUCCCCUCCCGCCUGCUGACCCUCGUUCACAUUCGCAGUUGAUUGGCUGUGUCCUCAUCCUCCGCUUCAUUUCGUCCUGUUUGCUGCUUCAGGAGCCCGACAGACCCGCAGCCAUGAAUACCAAAGAGAAGCCGAAGUCAAAGAUUACAGCUUCUCGUAAGCUCUCCCUCAAGAUGCUUCUCCUCACUCGAGCCUGUGAGGAUUUGGAGAGGGAGAGGCAGGACCGGGAGGAAGAGAAAGUCCGUCAGAUCGCAGAGAAGUUGCCCCCUUUGCAACUCUCAGGAUUGUCCCUGGAAGAGCUACAAAAAAUAUGCAAGCAGCUAUUUGCUCAAGUUGAUGUCGUGGAUGAGGAGAGGUACGACUGUGAAUACAAAGUGGGCAAACACAACAAAGAUAUCCAUGAGCUGAAGUUGAAAGUACAGGACCUCGGAGGCAAGUUCAAAAAGCCUGCCCUGAGGAAGGUGAGGGUGUCGGCAGACGAGAUGAUGAGAGCUCUCCUGGGCUCCAAGCACAAGGGCUCCAUGGACCUCAGAGCCAACCUCAAGUCUGUGAAGAAGGAGGACGUCAAAACGGACAAGGUGCUCACGACUGAAGUGGGCGAUUGGCGUAAGAACGUGGAGGCCAUGUCAGGCAUGGAGGGCCGCAAGAAGAUGUUCGACACAGCCGGCGGAGCACAGUGAUCCAUUAAAGGAGGGGACAAGGAAUCUGUCCAGACAGAAAGUAUCCAAACGCUAAUUGACGUAAUGUAGGAGUUAAGUGUUCGCUUUAUGACCAUUUUCUUAAUAAAGCCUCCAAGAGUAGGACGAGUAAAGACCCACAGUUUUUAUUGCUAAAGAGUUUCCUUUUUGUUGUGUUUUCUUAUGACAUCUUUAGACAUUUGAAGUGGAUGAAUAAACAGUUUCAGUCGUGUUCUAUAUCUGUUGACUUUGACUUUAUCAUGUUUCAUUUCGUUGGCACCCGUGUGGUUUUAUGAGCUGAUGACGGAUUAAAAAAAAGGAAGAUGAACAGUCGAGGCAAGGGGACGACUGUUGUUAUGUUCUGUGCCUAAAUUAACCUUCAUCGUGGUUAAAUAGAGGUUGUUGACGCCUUCAUGAAAGGAGGAGUGGAAUUAUAAAUUCAGUGUAU